AUGCUGCGCAGGAGAUUGCAGAUUCAACUUCUGGGGUUGUUGGCUGCAGCGAAGUUGGGGGCCGCGGCGACGACGGUGGGAAACAUCACCAGCGUGACCAACAUACCAACGUGUGCGCUCCAUUGUCUAGUCGACGAACUCCCCGCCUCAUCAUGUCCCAGCACCUCCUUGGACAAACACUGUAUUUGCAAUAACCACGAUCUGAGGAGAGCCGUGUACGACUGCCUCAGACUGAAAUGCUCCGUGCGAGACAAUUUCGCAACCAUCAACCUGACUGCAGCGGCAUGCGGGGUCGAACCAGUCUCGACAGUCGAUAUAUCCAUCGAAUUGUACGCCGUGUUCACCACCCUGACCACCAUAUUCAUCUCUGCCCGGAUGGCUACCAAGAUUGCAGGCAUCUCUACAUGGUGGUGGGAUGAUACCACCAUUGUAAUCGCAUUCCUGCUGAUGGAGAUUAUCCACAUGGCAACCAGUCUCGCCGGAAUGCUUUGGGGGAUGACCGGGACUGAGAUAUGGGCCCUCUCCCCUGCGCAAAUCAACAGGUUCCUCUUUAUCUCCUUCAUCUAUGGUGUCCGCUACUUCAUCAACAUGGCUCUGAUCAAAGCAUCCAUCCUGUUCGGUCUGCUCCGCAUCUUCCCAAACAAAAACUUCCGCCGCGUCCUGUGGGGGACACAGAUUUUUAACCUCGUCUUCACGCUCGCAUUGUUGGGUGCUUGGUUCGGACAAUGCCAGCCGGUCAGCUUUUACUGGCUGGGGUGGGACGGCGAGCAUGCAGGGUCUUGCGUCGACCAGAAGGCCCUGAUCCUGACGCAUGCCGGAAUUCAUCUGAGCCUCGAUUUUUGGAUACUGACUCUCCCCAUCAAACAAGUCGCCGCUUUGCAUCUCGAGAGGAAGAAGAAGGUGGGCGCCGUGCUCAUGUUUGGCGUGGGUAUAUUCUUGACGAUUGUGUGCGCGCUACGGUUCAACGCACUCGUGGAAGGGAUCCGAUCCCAGCAUACCAGCACCCGAGGCUUCUGGACCGCGUUAUGGUCCAACGUCGAGAACAGCGUCGGGAUCAUGGUGGCCUGCAUGCCGGCCAUGCGCAUCCUCUUCACCCAGCUCAUAAUUCCCAAGCUGCCGCAGUCGAUGGGGGGACGGCGCCACUCGGCUGCACCAUCCACGGCACCAAGCAAGGCGGGGACGCUGAGCACGUGCAACACGAGAUCAAACACAUACUUGCAGCACUGCAGAGGCAGAAGUCUACUGCAGGCACUGAACGUAUGGGAUAAAGAGCUGCUUGAGGAGAGAGAGCAGGACAGGCAGCGCGAUGUGGAGCUUGGGGAAAUGAGGGAUCUUGGACUGCAAGUUUUGGGGGAGAAGGAGGCGCCCACCAUGGUUUUGCCACAUGAGCGAGGGCUCUCAGAGUAA